AUGGUAGCAGGUCAACCAAAAAUACCGAAGCUGACCCAGAGACAGCGUGCCCCACGGUCACAGGGCAAGCUAGCAGCACACACUGUGUCACUGCUCUUUGCAGUGAAGUGUGCCGGGUGCCUGGAGGCCAUCGCGCCCAGCGAGCUGGUGAUGCGUGCCCAGAAGAGCGUCUACCACCUGCGGUGCUUCUGCUGCUGCGUCUGCGAGCGGCGCCUGCAGAAGGGUGAUGAGUUUGUGCUGAAGGAAGGGCAGCUCCUCUGUAAGGGCGACUACGAGAAGGAGCGGGAGCUGCUGAGCUUGGUGAGCCCGGCUCUGUCGGAUUCUGGCAAAAGCGAUGAUGAGGACAGCAUCUGCAAAAUGGGCCAAGCCUCAGGGAAGGGCACUGAGGAUGGGAAGGAUCACAAGCGGCCCAAGAGACCCCGCACAAUCCUGACCACACAGCAGCGGAGGGCAUUCAAGGCAUCAUUUGAGGUCUCCUCCAAGCCCUGCAGGAAGGUGCGGGAGACACUGGCAGCCGAGACAGGGCUCAGCGUCCGUGUGGUGCAGGUCUGGUUUCAGAACCAGCGAGCAAAGAUGAAGAAGCUUGCCAGGAGGCAGCAGCAGCAGCAACAGGAUCAGCAAAAUACACAGCGACUGAGCUCAGCCCAGACGAAUGGCAGUGGCAGCACUGGCCUGGAGGGGAUGCUGAACCCUUACACCACUCUGCCACCCCCCCAGCAGCUACUGGGCAUGGAGCAAAGUGUCUACAGCUCCGAUCCCUUCCGGCAAGGGCUCACCCCGCCCCAGAUGCCCGGAGACCACAUGCAUCCUUACGGUGCUGAGCCCCUCUUCCACGACUUGGAUAGUGAUGAUACCUCACUGAGCAACCUGGGCGACUGCUUCCUUGCCACGGCGGAUGCGGGACUGCUCCAGGCACGAGUGGGGAACCCCAUCGACCACCUCUACUCCAUGCAGAACUCCUACUUCACCUCCUGAGUACAGAGUGGUCCCCGGCACGGGGCAGCCGAUGCAACUGCGCUGCCCCAGGAGGGGCUCCCGAGCCUGCGGGGUUGGGAGGGAGAGAGGAGAGACACUGCUGGGAUGCUGUCAAACAAUAUGUUGUAGCUUGGGAUUCCCAAGGAGCGAGUUAAGUUAUGGGUUGCAUAGUUUCAUGUUUCUCUUAGGAGCCUAGGAUUAGGGACAGGAGUGGUUUUUGCAGCUGGCUGGUGGAUUUUCAAAUUUCAAGCGGGGAACCAAAUUUCUCAUUUCGGCAGGGCAAAAGGCGUGGGGAGGGGAAAACCCCUUCCCGAGGGAGGAUCCCGGAGCCCUGCCCCUUCCACGCCGCCUUCAGUAGGAGCGGUGGAAAGAGCAAAUUGCUGAUCUUCACAGGAGGAGCCCUCGGCACCAGCCGGGCUUUGAAAUUUGAAAAGCUGACAACGCUUGUGGGGAAACACAGGGAAAACUUUGCUGCAGGGUUUUCCCUCUGUUCCCUCCAGCAGCCGGAGCGCUUCGCUGUUUAAAGAGAGGGACUUUUAUGAUAGAUGUUCCCAUGCGAAUCUAGAAAGCUAGGAACCCCUAACGUCUUCCCCGUCCUCGGGGGCCACGUGUGUGUAUGUGUGUGUGUGUGGGCACGCAGGGGGGGGGUGCGUGUGCCCAGCCGUGGGGCUGUGGGUGAUGUACCUGCACAGCCACACCCGCCAGAUUGUAUCAACAAAGUUUAUUUCUAAGUCUAUCAGAAAUUUACUGUACAGCAAAAGUAACUUUAUUUUCAGCGUGAACCAUAUUUAAGGAAAUACUCAGUGCACUUAAGUUAUAAGAUGAAAUAAUUUACUUUUUAUAAAGGUUAUGUUUAAGUUGCAAAAGCCCAGUGGCAGGGAAGGAACAUCAGCUUGGUUUGGGGUUGGGUU